AACGUCUGAUAGCGAAUCGGAAUAUAUGGCAAUCUCUGAAAGCGGCUCGGAGAGCUAUAUCCCGAGCAUAGACGAUUCCAGUAGUUCAGCUGAAUCUGGAAGUGAUGCCGCUCGCACCUGGUGUGAAGCUGACGCCAGUAGCUUUCCGACGCCUCCUCCACGGUUUCCGUUUACUGAAACUUUUGGAUCUCGGUUUUCUACAAAUCAAGUAAUAGAACCGUUAGACUAUUUUAAACUGUUUUUCGAUGAAGAAUUAGUAAAUUGGAUAACUUCCGAAACAAACAGAUACGCUAUGACGAAGCCACAGACAUCCAGGAGCCAGUGGAACCCUGUUUCCAUAGAGGAAAUGUUUGUGUUUUUUAGUGUAAUAAUCCUUCAAGGUAUUAUUCAUAAACCGGAUGAGAAAAGGGAUAUAGUGGUGGAUAAGAGUUUGAUGCUAUUCAAAGGACGUCUUUCGUGGAGACAAUACAUGCCUCUCAAACGGUCUCGUUUCGGUGUGAAAUUCUACAUGUUUUGCGAGUCCUCAUCUGGAUAUUUGUACAAUUUUAUAAUUUAUACCGGAAAAAACACCGUUUUAAAUGAAAAAUAUAAAGAUAUGCCUAUUACUUCAAAAAUUGUAUUAUCAUUAGCGGACUCGUUGUUAGGCAAGGGAUAUUGUCUAACAACAGAUAAUUUUUAUUCUUCCCCACAUUUAUCUGAUUAUCUGGUUACCGUCCAAACAGAUUUCUUUGGAACUGUGCGGACGACCAGACAACAGGUCCCGGCUGAGGUUAAAAAUAAAAAAUUGAAAAAGGGAGAAACAGUGGCGAUGCAGAGAGGUAAAGUGAUGAUUAUGAAGUGGCAAGACAAAAAAGCCGUCACUUUACUCUCUACUGUCCACAACCCAUCAAUGGUGAGGAAAGAAACUCAUGCCGGUAAAUUAGUUAUAAAGCCACAGGUUGUUGUCGACUAUAACGACACAAUGGGAGGUGUUGACCUUUUAGAUCAGCAUCUUCGAGAUUAUCCAGUGGCGAGAAAAAGAGGGAAGAAAUUUUACAAAAAGGUAUUUUUCCAUUUAUUAGAUAUUUCUGUUUAUAAUUCUUUUGUUUUGUAUAAAAAAAAUGGUGGAACUUUGGAUCAUUUAGAAUUUAGGAUUAAUGUCAUAGAAACAAUUAUUCAUAAAUAUCACACCGAAACGAGGGAUACCACACACGGUCAGCCGAGAACUUCAGGUCCGAGAACUCCAGGUCCACUUAGACUUACGGAAAGACAUUNCGCAAUCAAUAACCCAGGAUCAAAACUCAAUAUUGCAAUCGGCUUAUCACCCCUGGUAUUCUCAAAUUUUAAAAAUUCCUUCUGA